GUCAUCACGCACCGUUGCCAAACAAUGGGUAGGAAAAAGCCACGUUGACGAAGUCGACAGCAGUGUGCGUUAUUUUUCAGCAAGGAAACAGAAGGAUUGAUUUUAUUUUGAAGACAACGAAACAAUUCUUUCGAAGAAGCGCUUGACAGUAACCAUGUCAUCGCCGCCCAAAGAGAAAACCGAGACCAAAGCUGGGCAUCUCCCUGCUGUGAAAGCAGGAGGCAUGAGGAUAGUUCAGAAGCACCAGUCUGCAAAUGAUGAACCAGACAAGAAUGACAAAGACAGUAAAGAAUAUGAGACUGAGAUCCCACCAAAGCUACAUGUUGUGGUCUCAGGAGUUGUCACUAAGGGGGAUAAAGACUUCACCCCUGCUGCUGCCCAGGUGGCCCAUCAGAAACCUGUGCCCGCAGUACAGAAGCUGCCUACAGCCCACCACAUCAACCAGCACAUCCACCAGCCCCGGAAGUGAGCCAUCAAACAACUCUAGACCACCUUCACCCGCACGGGGCCAUGACCACACCACCCCAAACACCUGCUCAGGUUUCCAGGAAUCUCUUGCCGUCAAGCAUUCCCCUUCCGCCUGUGCCUGCAAGUGUCCUGUUUCCACCAGUAUCAUGACAAGUGUCCCAUUUCCUGAUUCCUACUUGUAGAUCAUUGAAACACUAAAAUUGAAAUCUCCAUUGCAAAUCAUCAGAAACAUGUUAAUAAUGUGGGUUCACUUCACAAGGGAUGCGUGGAGCUGUUUUAUUGUUUUAAUUUUGUAUUACAUGAAUAGUUCCAGAGAGAUGUGAGUUGUAAAAUUUUUUUUUUUUGUUAAGUUGGUGAAUGUUGUAUAUUAGGCAUUAGGUACUAGGUGUAGCUAUUUGAAUAAAGAGUUCAUAUUAAACAACACAUGCCUUUUUGCUCUUAGAAACACAUUCUUAAGCUAGACUUGCAUUACCUGAUGGAAACACAGUGCUUUCUCAAAUGAGUAGGAACAUUUAAGGCUGAAAUGAAUUACAAAACUGUAAUGGGGGUCUGUGUGCCUUGGGUCGAAUUAAUCUUAGAAAUUAUUGGAGAAUAAAUAUCCCAGACAAAAUAAUCAGUUAUUGGAAAAUUGCAAAUGAAUGUAGAAAAUAUAGAGGGUUAAAUCCUAUAGUGAUGCUAUCGUGUGUGUGUGUGUGUGUGAGUGAUAGGAAGAAUGCAAGGUUUCAAAACAAUGUUUUAUGCAGUUUUGAGCUGUUCAUGCCAGUCAACUAAAUUGUAGAACUUUUUGGAGAGUUAAAUGGUAGAGGAAUUUCAGUACUUAUGCAACGGAAUAAAAAAAAUGAAAUUAA